UGAGGAACAAAAGCAAGAUAGACAAAGAAACAAGCGAACACCUACUAAAGCUGAAAGACGAAAAUAGCAACAAAAGAAAACACGAUGACGACGAUGAUGAUGAUGAUAACAAUGAUAAUAACGAUGAUGAUUAUGGUGAUGAGGAUAAAGUAGUUGAAGAUAUAUAUGGAAGGUUAAAGACAUCAUCAGGUAGAUUGUACAUACCUCCGGCUAAACGAAUGAAACAUCACUCCACCAAUAGUAGCAAUGAUAAACUAAACAAGAUGAUUUUAAACAUUCUAAACAAAUUGAAUGAAAACAACAUGGUCCUGUUCUGUAAUGAGUUGGAUGAGUUGUUCAUGAAAAACAGUAGGCAGGACUUAUCGCAUGCACUUGAAUCGGGUAUUUCCAAGUUGUGCUUAACCUCUGACCCUUGCACGAGGUCACUGGCCAUCCACUGCUGCUUCAUGAUGUCAGUUCUCCAUUUCAAGGUGGGCGCUGAGAUCUCCGCCUCAUUCCUUCAAUACGUCGUCUCAAAGUUUCUCAAUCUUUUCAAAAGUUAUGAUGACAGUACUCCAACAACAAUCCGCCACCAACAAGCAGACAUCAACCACGAGAUGAACAACUGCCUCCUAUUCAUCUGCCAGCUCUACGAUUACAAAGUGAUAGAGAGCGUGCUGAUAAUGGAUCUAGUUGACAGGAUGCUGAAUAGAUUUUCAAUUGUCGACAUUAAUUUGAUCUCGUUGCUAUUGAAAGAGGCUGGUCCAAGAUUGAGGAAAGAAGAUUCAGUGACCUUCAAGGAAAUUCUUCAGAAGGUCAUGAAGAUGUCAAACAAGGUCAAGGACAGUACAGUUCAGAGUCAAGCUCAUGGUGCUGCUGCUACUGAUGAUGAUGAUGGCGCUAGUAAAAAAAAGUUACUGGCCGACAACAUGAUAAGCCUACUGACGAUACUGAAGAACAAUCAGAUGCACAAGAUAAGUACUUAUGAUGCUGAUGGGUAUUCUAGGAGGUGGAAACUAUUCCAAUCUAUUGUCAAAUCGAAAUCCAGCUACCCCCUAAGAGUUUCACUAGAAGACAUCGAACUUUCGAACACCAGGGGGAAGUGGUGGCUGGUCGGAUCCGCCUGGAAUGGGAGAAAUUACGUCAGCGAAGUUGACGCCAAUGUUGAGGACACUGCCGCGGCUUCUGACGUUGGUGGUGAUGGUGAUGUCAGUGGAAAGUCAAGGAAUGCAGUGGACGAAUCGAGCGACGCAAAUUUUGAGAGUCAUCUGCUGGAGAAGGCUCGCCUGCAUAAGAUGAACACCGCUCUGAGGACGACCAUAUUCUGCACUAUCAUGUCUUCAGAGGACUACAAAGAUGCUUUCGAAAGGUUGAUGAGUUUGAAUUUGAAACCGGAACAACAGCAUGAGAUUAUGGCCGUUAUUGUUAAGCUGUGUGUUCAAGGCAAGGAGUUCAAUGCGUUUUACGUGUAUCUAGCCCAACAGCUUUGCAGGCAUCACAGAAGAUAUAUGAUUGCCUGCAAAUUCAGUGUUUGGGAUCAUAUGAAGAUAACGAGUGUCAAUGAACAGAAGUCCAACAAUUUGGCCGAUUUCAUUAAAAUGAUGUUGUCAAUGAGGGCUCUUCCUAUUAACGUGCUUAAAAACAUCAACUUCUCCGAACUGGACACCAAGACGACGAGAUUCGUGGAUAGAAUCCUUCGACACCUUCUAACGAGAUGCGAGAUUUUCCUGGAAGUCUUCAAACCGCUGUCGACCAACCCCAACGACAAAACCCUCAGGACGAGCCUGGCCCUCUUCCUCAGACAUUUCUACGUCAAUGAGUAUAUCAGAGUGAAGAAAAACGACGAUGAUGAUGACGACCGUGAUGAUCGUGCCACUGGCGGUGAUGAUAAUGAUGAUGAAAGGAUUUGGCAGAUCGUUAUCAAGAAUGCUAAGCUGGUACUGAGUGGUCUGCAGGAUGGUCAUAGUGAUGAUAAUAGUGGCUAUUCUAAUCACAGUGGUGAUGAUGAUGAUGAUGAUGAUGACGACGACGAUGAUGAGUAAAUGUGAUGAUAUGAUGAGGGUUUAUACUGCAUAGCCAUUAUCUUAUUAUUAUUAUUAUUUUCUUCAUGGCGGUUAUUGCUCUGAUAUGCAAUUUGUUAUAUUGAUCAUUUUAUUGUGAUUUCAUUAUUUAUUUAUUAUUAUGGUUUUAUUAUUAUGGUUUUAUUAUGAUGGUUCUAUCAUUAUAGAUCUGUUAUUAUUAUAUAUUAUUAUAGUUUUAUUAUUAUGAUUUUAUUAUUAUUUUAUUAUCAUGAUUUAUAUACUGUAGAUAAUAAACUAACGUUAAAAACUGGAGCUUUAUUACUUUGGAAACUGCAAACAUUCGAGUUCUCUAGCGUCACAAUAUUUUUCUUCACUGUUAAUCCUAACUGAUGAUUUGGGAUCCGACGGCUCCCAAUCCUCCAUACCGAUGCCGAUAAGAUUUCGAUUUGCCAGAUUCGAUUGGAUUUAAAAUUUUAAACAAAUGAUUAAUUUCUAAUUAGAAAUUUGGGUAGAUUUCAAUUGCUUGGUUGCAAAGAUUGUUCUCGUUGCAAA